UAGUGACCGCUAGUCGGCGCUUCUACUCCACUUCACGGAAGGUGGGAGGAGCAACAACAACAUGGCGGAACCUCAGGGAUCGGAAGAGACAAGCUCCAGGGAAGCUCGGAAGAUUGCCCAGAAAUGCCAGCUUCUCGUGAAGGCAGAGACUCGUGCACGGAAGAAAAAGAUCUCGGAAAUCCUGAAGAAACCAGAGGAAGUCAGAACCCAGGAAGAGGUGCAGAUUUUACAACAGUCGCCAGAGGUCGUUGCUGACAUGCAGAAGAGAGCUCGUCGGAGAGACAAACUGAAAGAGCAAUUGAAAGAGGUAGAAGACCCUCCCGAACUUCUGUAUAAAAAGUCAUGUGAGCUGUCCACAGCUGUACUACAGGCGAGGCAUCUGGUGGUGUAUACUGGAGCUGGCAUCAGUACGGCCGCCUCCAUCCCUGACUACAGAGGUCCCAAUGGUGUGUGGACAAUGUUACAGCAGGGGAGACCUGUAGAAACCAGAAGUCUAACCGAUGCCCAGCCUACAGUUACACACAUGGCGCUGGCCAGGCUACAUCAGGAAGGUUAUGUGAAAUAUGUGGUGUCGCAGAACUGCGAUGGUUUGCACCUGCGGAGUGGGUUACCCAGGAACGCUUUCUCCGAGGUCCAUGGGAACAUGUAUAUUGAGGUGUGCGCAGAGUGUGAUCCCGAGACAGAGUACAUCAGGUUAUUUGAUGUAACGGAACGGACGUCGUUACACAGACACGUGACUGACCGUAACUGUCACUCCUGCGGCGAGCCACUCAGGGACAGUAUCGUGCACUUCGGCGAGCGGAGCUGUCUGGAGAGUCCGCACAAUUGGGAGGACGCCAUGGACCACGCCAAAAAAGCAGACACCAUUUUGUGCCUUGGGUCCAGUUUAAAGGUGCUAAAGAGAUACAGCUGUCUGUGGGGUAUGACUAGGGUGUUACACAAGAGACCCAAACUCUUCAUCGUUAACCUACAGUGGACACCUAAGGAUGACAACGCUACACUGAAGAUCAAUGGAAAGUGUGAUGAACUCAUGGUUCUCCUGAUGAAGAAACUUGGACUGGAAAUCCCCGUAUACAGAAGAGAGAACGAUCCCAUCUUCAAGUUGGCGAUACCGCUGCUACCCGAUGAACACGGUAGCUUCAGCACGUGUCAGCUGACCCUACCGACGGACGCUACCUCACUCACGACACAGCACAACUCUGACUCACCCACGUGCAAUGGCGAAGAGAAAAAUACAGACCAAAAAGAUAAUUCCUCCUACAAACCGGGCUGGUUUGGCAAGGGUUGUGCCAAAAGAAGAAACAGUGCAGCUAAGAGGAGGAAAUCUAACACUGCCACUUCUACCUCUGUCAAACUUUCUGACUAGACCUCAAACUUGUUAAUCUCUGACUGAUUGAAGAAUUCUUUGCAAUUUUAUAGAUUUUCCACCAUACACAGGUUCUCUGAUAAAACUAGUUUGUAUUGCUGAGAUGAAAUUUUACCAUUUUUUUCCAAAAGCAUUACUUGCAACUUGGGAAAAAGAGACCUCUUCAGUCUUUGACACAAAGAACUUCAUUUGCAGUUGUAUUUUAAUGGUAGCCUUUUUGCUGCAUUUUUAAGAAUUACGGAACUUUUUAAUGGAAACGUUUUCUGUGCUUACUGUGCAUACAUUUCACUUUUUUUAGGUUCAGAUUUAGAUCUAGAACCAGGGCAGGUUUAUUAUAGAGUUUAAUCUGAAGAUUAUCACGAAAGCUAAAUGUUUUUGUCUACCCAAAGUAACUUUUAAGAUCAGUAAACCAUAGUACAUUUAUCUUAGACCAACAGUGCCAAAUUAGUACAUUUUAAAACUCCUGGUCUCCUGUUAUUGGUUCAAGAACUUACAGAAGAAAUUUUACUCGAAACACACAAAAGCUGCCUACCAAAGUACUGAUUAUGUUCAAUACGCAGUAUUUAUUGGUGCUGAGAAAUAAACAACACUGUUUUUCAACAAUUUCUUACAACAGAAAUUAUGCAACGAUUGUGUAACACACAUGUCAUCAUCAGGGAACUAACGCUAGGUCACCUUUAUCCAUUAGGUAACCUAUAUCCGUUGUUUUUAACAACAGGGUAUUUGGGGAUAUCACGUUAAUGAACAUUAGUUUCAAAUUGCAUUAUUUUCAGGAUUUUACAGUAAUUUAAAACUAUCACCCACCGACUUGAUGUGCCUAAAUACACUGCUUUUAAAAAGCAACGGAUAUAGGUUACCCAACGGAUAGAGGUGAACUAGCGUUACACUACAGUUCACAUACCCAUAGAAUUGGGACUUUUUGAAGCUCUAAACUUGAUUGUGGUAGGAUUUAAAAUAUUCUGAAAUAUUUGGAGAGUAAUACAGUUUCUAUU